UUCCUAUUCCAUAACAUCCUCUCACUCUCUCUCUCUCGCUCUCGCUUUCUCUCUCUCGUUGUCUACUCAUCUCUUUCUUGCCAUCUCCCUCUCCCUCACAACCGAUCAACAACGACACUGACGUAGCCUCACCAACACCGCCCUUCGACAUAGAUUCAGCUUUGUUGAAGUUGAAGAAUGGAAUGGUUUAAACUUUGAUCUGAUUUUGAACGACCCCAAACAAAUUAAACGUACUUCCUCACCAUUACUCCCAAUUUAAUUUAAUGGCUACUAGUCCUCCAUUGGAAACCACACAACAUGAAAGAAGGGAUUUGAUAAGUGAACUGCCAAUAGAGAUAAAACACAGAAUUUUAGAGUGUUUGCCCACCCGAGAAGCUGCCAGAAUGGCCAUUCUCUCAACCCUCUGGAAGAAUGUUUGGUUGCAGCAUGGGCGGCUUGUGUUUGAUAAGGCCUUCUUUCGAAGCAUCCAAAAUUACAUAGCUGAAAACUCCACAAGUGCUCUGAACAUAAUAUAUAAUAUUCUCUUGCUCCGUCGUGGACCAGUCAAGAAAUUUACUUUAAAAAUCUACUUAGAGCCAAAGCUACAGCAGUCUGAUAUAGAGUGGGGGUGUCGUUUUCUAUCAAGAAAUGGUAUUGAAGAACUCACCUUGCUUGUUCUUGGAAGUACGUUUAAGCUGCCAGCUUGUAUAUUCUCGUGCCCCACAAUUAAGCAGCUGAGACUCUGUUGUCUCGUCGUAGAUUUUCCAGCAAAUGCUCGCUGUAUAUUCCCCGGAGUAACUUCAUUAGUUCUCAAUACCGUUGAGCUUAAUGGAGUUUCCGCCACUAUUCCUAAUCUUGAGAAGCUGGCUUUCCUUGGAGGUUGUGAGGGGAUGGAUAAAUUUGAGAUCAUUGCUCCGAAACUUGAAAGCUUGUCUCACAUUAGUGCUUAUUCUGGGUUUGAACCGAGAUGGUUUGCACUUCAAUUGACGAGAAUUAAGAGUCUUGGCUUGUCUGGCGGUUCCUUGGGGCGUGGAGAUGUUGCAGCAGCCGUGCUUAAUUCUUCGACUGCUGCAAUAAAUCUGCAAGUAAUGGAACUGCAUGAUUUGAGUUUUAGUUGUGAGCAGCAGAUCGCCACUGCUAUGACAUUGCUUCAAAAAUCUCCCAACCUAUGUGAAUUGGGUAUUGGGGCAGCAAUGGCAUGGGCCCAAUAUGAAGAAGAUACUUUCAAUCAUUUGGAGGAUCGAGACUAUUACUUUAUUAAUCAAGAUAUGAAGAUGCUUAGAACAGUGAAGAUUGAAGGGUUUAAUGGAUCUAAGCUUGAAGUUCUUUUUUUAAAGUCGGUCUUAUCCAAAUGCCCUGCAUUGGAGAGAGUUGUUAUUCAUCCUGCAGGGAGUAUUAUAUCACAUGCCUUAAUGAGGAUGGAUAUCCUAAGAGAGUUGAUGUCUUUCCCUCGUGCAUCUCCUAAUGCACUACUUGUCUUCUUGAAGUACAUGGUUACGUAUAACCUUGUUGGUUGUAAUGUCGAAGAUGACUACUAAUUUGCUCAUAAUGAAAUGCGAAUCGAGUUACUCAUGUCUUAACUAGGGAAUUGAUUAUUAUGUUUGAUAGUGCAUGCGGAGUUGCGCGCUCCAAAACUCUUUGUCUUGUAUUCUCUGUGUUCUGAACUUAGAUCUUGCUAGUUAAUGAAGUGUUUGUGUAAUUUCAAA